GCUGUCAAAGAUGUCACAUUGUUGUUGUUGUGGUUUCAUCCUAGAUAUUGCAUUAUUCCCGCCUGAAUUUAUACAUUCUAAAAAAAAAAAAACAAUAUAUAAUUCUUUCCCAAUUAAAUAAUUUUCACAAUGCCAAGAGCCAAGAAGGAAAGCGAGUCAUCCAGCUCUGAUUCAGGACCGGAAGAUAGGGGCCCACCACCAUCGAAGAAAUCGAAAGCGGGCAGCAGUACUAGUGGUGAAGAUGCCAAUCCUAAUGGCCCUUGGACAAUCGAAAACUUGCGCCAGGUGCGAAUCAAUGAGUUUAAAGGGCGUAAAAUGGUGGAUAUUCGUGAAUUUUAUGAGAAAAAUGGGGAAAUUUUACCGGGUAAAAAAGGUAUAUCUCUGCAUAUUCAUCAAUGGAAAAAAUUACUAGAAUUGGCACCAGAGAUUAAUAAAGCGUUAGGUGAAUAAUUGUAAUAGCAUAAUAUUAAAAUUGUAUUUAUUCCUUCUUAUGUAUAAAUAAAAUAUUUCACAUGAAACACAAGAAAA